AUGGAGUUUUCUGACUUGAUGCCAGAGGAUCUUCCUCCAGGACUAUCACCUAUGAGGGACAUUCAACAUCAGAUCGACCUCAUUCCGAGGAUUACAGUGAAGUACAGGUUUUCAAUUCCUCGUCUGGACGACAUGUUGGAUCAAUUGUCCGGUUCUAAGGUCUUCUUAAAAAUUGACCUUAAAAGUGGAUACCACCAGAUCGGAAUCAGGCCUAGAGAUGAGUGGAAGACCGCGUUCAAGACACAACAUGGGUUGUACGAGUGGAUGGUCAUGCCCUUUGGACUAUCCAACGCACCCAGCACUUUUAUGAGGUUUAUGCAUCAGGACGGAGCGCUUAUUCAUCAAUCAGAAUUAAGUGUUCUUUCUUCACAACUUCUGAGUUUCCAUAGAUUGGCAUCCUUCUAUCGUCGAUUCAUCAGAAACUUCAGUGCCUUGAUUGCUCCUAUCAUAGAGUGCCUUAAAGGGCGUGAUUUUCAGUGGAUUGAGGAGGCAGAGACUAGCUUUCAGUUGGUUAAGCCGAAGAUAACGGAGGCCCCAGUCUUGGCACUUUCGAAUUUUGAAAAGGUGUUCGAGGUAAACUAUGAUGCGCCUGGAGUUGGUAUUGAUGGUGUUCUGAGUCAGAAGGGACGUCCGGUAGCCUUUUUUAGUGAGAAGCUGUGGGGAUCGAAGAAAAAUUAUUCCACUUACGACCUGGAGUUCUAUGCCAUAGUGCAGACUCUAAACAUUGGCACCAUUACCUGGUAUAGAGGGAGUUCAUCCUUGUUACUGAUCAUGAGGCAUCAAGCAGGGAGUUUGAAUCAAGUAGCAGAUGCAUUGAGCCGUCGCACAUUACUCCUCGCCACCAUGAGCACCAAGAUUGUCGGAUUUGAGGCAUUUCCUCAUAUGUAUGCUGUGGAUCCUUCAUUUGGGAAGAUAAUUCGGGAGGUGACUGAUAAUCACCGACAUGAUUUUGUUUUACAUAAUGGACAUUUUGGGCGAGACAAGACAUUGGCAUUGGUCUCUUCUGAUUAUUACUGGCCCAAGUUGAGCAGUGAUGUGGCGCAUUAUGUGGAGCGGUGUUAUGUAUGUCAGCGGUCUAAAGGGGCUCUUACUAAUGCUAGAUUGUACACACCAUUACCUGUACCUGAAGUGCCUUGGUUUGAUGUCAGUAUGGAUUUUGUCUUGGGCUUACCUCGUACACAGCGGGCGAUGGAUUCCAUUCUUGUUGUGGUUGACAGAUUUUCGAAGAUGGCUCAUUUUGUGGCUUGCCGGAAGACAAUGGAUGCUACUCGGAUUGCUCAUCUUUAUUUCAGAGAGAUUGUGCGUUUACAUGGUGUUCUACAGUCAAUUACUUCUGAUCGUGACACUAAGUUUAUGAGUCAUUUCUGGAGGAGUUUGUGGGAGAAACUUGGAACGAAAUUGAAUUUUAGCAGUGAACUCAAUUGUCCGAUGAAGUUACUGUGA